AUGGAUAUUGAUACGAAGGAACAUGCUGCCACAGGUUCCAAUGGUCAGGCCCCUGAGAAUGGCGCGUCAUCGAUACAACCACAACCUGUGCCGCAGAACACAUUGUCCCCGAGUGGAGAUGAGACAUCGGUGAAGCAGGAACCAGUGGAUGCAAAAGCAGCACUUCCUGAUCCUGAUACCGCAAUAGCGUCCGUCGAGGAACCAAAUUUGGUGGGAAGUUCGAAUCCGAACGAAGAUAAAGAUGGUGAAUUACUAGUCCGAUUAGAUACAUUAUCAAAAGAUGGCCAUUCGAACGGUGUAGCAGACGCAUGGUUCAUGAUGCUCGCAGCCGAGAAGCUGAUUGUUCGAUACGGGCCAAAGAGAGCGGGCAAGUAUGUCAUCCAGUCCGGCAAAGGACACAAAUUCGAUGGUCUUCAGCAAGUGUCCGAUAAAGAGUCGCGGCUUUGGUCCGUCAUGGACAGAGACAAACGGGGAAUAAAGCACCGUCGCUAUGGCCCCGAGAAUAUCGAAGGGAUUGUUGGUGUAGCCAUUCUGGAGAGGCCCCCUAAUCCGGAAAGCUCUAAGGCGCCAACGACCUAUGUCAAGCUCAAGUGGACUAAUAUGAAGGAGGAAGACAAACACCUGUGCCGAGGUGGCACCAACUGGAUCACACGAAAAGACCUCAUCCACAUAACCAAUGAGGAACUGGCUACCCGAUCGCCCACGCCGUGUCCACCGGACGUGUGGCAACGAGUAAAGCGGGAAAGAAGCCAUGUCCAGAGAGGACAAUCUAGUAUCACGGCAAAGCGAGAGGCGACAGCUAGCCCCGCUCCGGAUACCAUCAGUGCAGAGUCCAAUGAUAGUUCAGAAAUGCAACCCGGAAAUCCUGUCCGCUUAACUCCUAUAGAAGGGGCAACUGGCGCCGCAACCGAUUCCACUACGCCAUCCGAUAAGCCAGCGUCUCAUAUAACCUUUAGCCGGAAGGACUAUGUGGAAAGGAUGACCAACAGCAUGGCCUUGGAUAAGACAGAUAUGCCAGCACGCGUGAAAGCACUAGCCUUGAUUGAAGCCAACUAUACAGUCUAUAAGGGCCAUUUGUUGGCAAACGGAGGUGUGGAGGUGGAUUAA